CUCCUCCAUGCCAUCCCCGCCCAGCAGCAUCAGUCUGUCUCUGCCGGGGCCAGGGGUCGGACACGGCGUCAAACAGCCCAGUAAACUCCUCAGCGCUCACAGGACACGACUUUCCUUUAGUUGACGGGGUGUCAGCUUGUCAUAAAAUGAAGGCGUCCAACGGUUACCCCAGAGGAGUGGGCACAAACCCGUUCCUCCACGAACCGAAAUUCACCGCGACGGAGAAAAUAAAGAUUGGAUUGAUGUCAGUGACAGUUUUUCCGGUGCGGCUGCUGUUGGUGUGUUUCUUCAUGCUGCUGGCGUGGCCAUUUGCCUUCAUAGCCAACCUGGGACGUUGCGACUAUGUCAUCGAGCCCCAGUCCUGGUGGAGAAGGUGUGUAGACCUGUGUCUACGAGUAAUCAUGCGAGCCAUGUGGUUUUGUGGAGGUUUCCAUUGGGUCAAGGUGAAAGGAGAACGGGCGCCACCCUCUGAAGUUCCCAUCCUCACAGUGGCACCACAUUCUACUUACUUUGAUGCCAUCCCAGUUACCAUGACCAUGUGCUCCAUUGUCACCAAACUGGAGAGCAGAAGCAUUCCACUCUGGGGCACUUUGAUCAGCUACAUCAGGCCGGUGUUUGUGUUUCGGUCAGACCAGGAUUCAAGAAGAAAAACUGUAGCGGAGAUCAAGCGGAGAGCCCUCUCUGGAGGGAAGUGGCCCCAGAUCAUGAUAUUCCCAGAGGGGACCUGCACCAACAGGUCAGGUCUCAUCUUAUUUAAGGCUGGUGCUUUCAUCCCCGGACUCCCUGUGCAGCCAGUGGUACUACGCUACCCAAACGAACUGGAUACUGUUACAUGGACAUGGCAAGGUCCCGGAGCGUUCAAGAUCUUAUGGCUUACUCUAUGCCAGCUUCAUAAUUCCAUGGAGAUUGAGUACUUACCUGUUUAUACUCCAUCAGACGAGGAGAAGGAAAAUCCUGCUCUGUUUGCCAAUAAUGUCAGAAAGCUCAUGGCCAAGGCUUUGGAUCUGCCACUCAAAGACCUGUCUUUUGAUGAUCGUGACAUCAGCCUAUCACGGGGCCCUCUGCGCAUCUAUGACUACAGCAGCCUACUGGAGUUUAACCAGCUAAUGUAUCGCUUAGGGAUGAGAACAGGGACCACAGACAAGGCCCUUGAAGAGCAAGCCAGGAGAGCCAAAAAGCUUCAAGAAGAAAGACUGGGUUUGGAGGACUUUGCCCAGUUCAUCAGCCUACCAGUUACUGAUACACUUAAACAAGUCCACAAUAUGUUUAAUCAGAAUGGAGAUGGACACAUCGACAUCAGACACUACGUCAUUGCUCUGUCUACUGUUCAUCGGCCUUCAAAGUCAAUGGACACCCUCAAACUGGCCUUCAAGAUGUAUGAGAGAGAGGAGGAUGGGAAAAUCCUAGAGGAGGAGCUGGCAGCCAUCUUGGAAGUAAUGCUGGGAGUGAAGGAAGUGAAACUGUCAGGUCUGUUUUUAGCGCUUGAAGGACAGGACAGGGGGAAGAUCUCAUAUGACCUUCUUCAUCAUUUUAUACAGCAGCAUCCGCACUUCGUCCUGGACUACCUUGAGUUUAAAGACCAUCCGCGUAAACUCUGCAUCGGCCAACCGAAGAGCUGCAACGGACAAAACCACAGCAAAGAUGACUAGAUGACAGACUGUUCCCACGAUUUCCGUGACGGAAACAUCUCCUGAUGCUGCCACCUCUGUGCCUUUAAGUGCAGGUAGAGAAAGAGCAAAGUUGUUAGAAAUGGUAAGAAUGUGUACUUCAUCUCUUAUUUCAGUUCUCUUCUUUUUUUUCUUUGUCCUUCAUUAUUUUUAAUUAAGAGAUUUUUUAAAAAAAAAUAUCUACAAAUAUUUAUUUAAAUUCAUUUUCUUAUCUAUUUAGUACAAAUAUUUAAGAAAUAUGUAGGUAAAGGGAGGGGUGUUUUUUUUCUCCUUGUGGAUGACUUUGUGGAGUGUGAGGGUUUAUACUGUUGUAACUCAGGUAAAUGAACACUAGUCCUUUUCUGCUGCUCUUUAGUUUCAUCAAUAAAAAAAUAAAGACAUUUUCAGGUUAAAUGGAUCCAAAUAUACAGUGUGCUGUCGUGUAGUGAUGAAUCUGGAGUAUCAUACCAAAGAUGCGCAUUCAAAUACUUUAGACAAUGGCGCACAAAAAAGUGUGAACACUAACAUAUUUAUCAACUGUUAGAGGGAUUGUGCUAAAAGUUAACUUGGAAGGAAAACCACUCCUACCUCAGAAUUUGAAUUGACAGUCUUUCAUUGAAGAGAGAAAACACUGGCACUGUAGACAGUGUUUUUCUUUGAUAUUCUGAGCUGCAAAUUAUGACAUGCCAUAGUUUUUCAGACAGCCACUGUUUCGAGUGUUCGUUUACGGUGAAAUUCUAAAUGCACAGUGUUGUAAAUGCUUUACUAAAAGCUUAAUUAGACAGCUUAGUUUCUUUGAAAUUGAGUUGUACGAAUUGCAUUACCUGUCCAUAGUCAUGGUGGCAGCCAGCAUAAAUGCUAAACAAUGAAAUAGUGUGGAUGUGGUCAGCAGUAUUUUGGUCACCUAAAAUAAGGUCCACACAAAAACAUCAACAUCGGUUCCUAUAUUGAACCACCGCGUGUUUGUGUUGCACGUUUGUGUGAACAUGGAAGUUGUUGAUCUAUAGCUGUAUGACUAUGGCUGGGUAACUUGUUUGUUUAAAUCCAAAUUAACACGGUAAUAGAGCAGCAGACCAGCUAAUCCUUCGUUUUGUCAGUGUAGUAUGGAAGCUUUGGAGAGGCCGAUAUAAUGGCUUCAGUGCAAAGACUCUGACAGCAAGGUUAAGUGAUAAUUGAUAAAAGGGAUAAUAUUCCAAAUAUUGCGUAGACUUGAACUGAUAUUAAUUGUUUUGGAGGGGGUCUUGUUUUAGGUGACUGGGAAAGGAUAUGCUGCUAAAAUGAGAUUUUCUGCUCACCCCAUCCACAUGGAGUGGGGAGUUCCUGGUCUGGUCUAGGUGGGUGCUACGUGUCUAAGUAACAUCCACAUGAAUGAAUACCAGGUCCAGAAGUUUCCAAACAGAACACUGAAUUGUCACAAGAUGGUUAAUGUUACUCCAGCUGUCUGUAGUUUUAAUGUUUUCGCUGAUCGUUGUACUUUAAUAAAUACAGUCACUGAAAUAGACAUUUCAUGAAUUCCAGUGGCUUUCCAGUGGUGUCAGAACAAAGAGUUUCUAUUAAGAGAGUUUUUAUUAAGACAUGUCAUCUGGUACAGUAGUUUGAUGAAUAAUAUAAAACUGGUAAUUUUUUUAAAGUUGGUACUUUGCUUCCAAAUUAGACAAUUGGGGAAUUCUGGAUUAACAAAUCUCUCUUUUAUGUACUUUUAUGCAGUUCUGUGCUGGUUUAAAUAUUCAUAUCAGAUGGUUUACGCUGAACUGAGACAUUUUGUAUCUUAUUACUGCAAUGUACCACUUUAAUUUCUCAAUAACAGUCUUAAACGUACAAAUCAAAGCUCUUUGCUCAUCUUAUGCUAAUAAAAUCCUUUUGGUUUCGA